AUGAACGGAUCCAAUAUGAAGAGUCAAAUGCGAGUAUCCUCAAUGUCAGAGAAAGAGGAAGCCCAAGAAACCUUGGAAAUCAUUCAUGAGAUGUCCCAAAUUUUGAAUUGCGGAUUGGAUAGAUAAUAAUUAGCCAUUUUAGUUAGCAUGAUAGAAAAUGGUGUGAAUCCUGAAGCUUUGGCCUUGGUUGUAAAUGAGAUGAAAACGGAGCUGAACACAUACAAAAAAAUUCAUAAAUAAUGA